GCUCUCUUUUCUUUUCUAUCAGAACUUCAGAAGAAGCCCGCAGAACCGCGCACUUGUACUUCUGCUUCAGCUAAAAUUAGAUAAUAUGGAUGACAGUCUGUACGACGAGUUCGGGAACUAUAUAGGGCCUGAAAUUGAGUCUGACCAAGAAAGUGAUAGAGAGGAUGAAGAUGGAGAGCUUCCAGAUAGGCAAGACGAUGGGGCUGCGUCUGAUGGUGAUGAUGCAGCAGCGGCUUCCAAUGGGUGGCUAGCUGCUACCUCCAAUGAUGUUGAUAUGGACAAUCAGGUUGUUCUUGCUGAGGACAAAAAGUAUUAUCCUACAGCGGAAGAGGUUUUUGGGGAAGAUGUUGAGACUUUGGUCAUGGACGAAGAUGCACAACCCCUAGAACAGCCCAUUAUCAAGCCUGUUAGGAAUGUCAAGUUUGAGGUUGGCGUCAAGGAUUCUUCCACCUACGUGUCUAACCAAUUCCUUUUGGGUCUCAUGUCAAACCCUUCUCUUGUUCGGAAUGUUGCUCUUGUGGGGCACUUGCAGCACGGAAAGACGAUAUUCAUGGAUAUGUUGGUGGAGCAGACACACCAUAUGUCCACUUUCGAUGCAAAUAGUGAUAAGCACAUGAGGUACACGGAUACAAGGAUUGAUGAGCAAGAGAGAAGGAUAUCUAUUAAAGCAGUUCCUAUGUCCCUUGUACUUGAGGAUAGCAAGUCUAAAUCGUACCUGUGCAACAUUAUGGAUACACCUGGUCAUGUCAAUUUCUCUGAUGAAAUGACUGCUGCCCUCAGGCUUGCUGAUGGUGCUGUCUUAAUUGUGGACGCCGCUGAAGGAAUGAUGGUAAAUACCGAGAGGGCUAUACGCCAUGCAAUCCAAGAUCGCCUACCAAUUGUGGUUGUAAUCAACAAGGUUGACAGGUUGAUAACAGAACUUAAAUUGCCCCCAAGGGAUGCUUACUUCAAGCUAAGGCAUACUUUGGAAGUCAUUAAUAACCACAUAACUGCUGCCUCUUCAACUGCUGGCAAUGUGCAAAUUAUUGAUCCUUUGGCAGGGAAUGUUUGCUUUGCAAGUGCUACCGCAGGAUGGUCAUUCACGUUGCAAUCAUUUGCAAAGCUAUAUAUUAAACUUCAUGGUGUCAACCUUGAUGCAGAUAAGCUUGCUUCUCGUCUCUGGGGAGAUAUGUACUAUCAUAGUGGUGACAGGACUUUCAGGAGAAAACCCCCUGUUGAUGGAGGAGAAAGAUCAUUUGUCGAGUUUGUGCUUGAACCCCUGUAUAAAAUUUAUAGCCAGGUAAUUGGAGAACAUAAAAAGAGCGUGGAGGCAACUCUUGCAGAAUUUGGUGUCACCCUUAGCAAUGCAGCUUAUAAAUUGAAUGUUAGACCUCUGCUGAGGUUGGCUUGUAGCUCAGUUUUCGGAUCUGCCUCAGGCUUCACUGAUAUGCUGGUUCAACAUAUUCCUUCCCCUAAAGAUGCCGCAACUAGGAAAGUUGACCACAUAUAUACUGGACCAAAAGACUCUUUGAUUUACAAGGCCAUGAAAAAUUGUGAACCUGAUGGUCCUUUAAUGGUCAAUGUAACCAAAUUGUAUCCCAAGUCCGACUGUAGUGUGUUUGAUGCAUUUGGUAGAGUUUAUAGUGGCAAGAUUCAGACAGGGCAGACUGUACGUGUAUUGGGAGAAGGCUAUUCACCAGAGGAUGAGGAAGACAUGACAGUCAAAGAGGUGACAAAAUUAUGGCUUUAUCAAGCUCGAGAUAGGAUACCCAUAGCCGAGGCUCCUCCUGGUACUUGGGUUCUUAUUGAAGGUGUAGAUGCUUCUAUUAUGAAAACUGCCACCCUCUGUGAUGAGUAUUAUGAUGAGGAUGCUUACAUAUUCCGUCCUCUUCAGUUCAAUACGCUGCCAGUUGUGAAGACGGCAACUGAGCCUCUAAAUCCAAGUGAGUUGCCAAAAAUGGUGGAGGGUCUUAGAAAGAUCAGCAAGAGUUAUCCACUUGCAAUCACUAAAGUUGAGGAGUCUGGGGAGCACACAAUCUUAGGUACGGGAGAACUGUAUUUGGAUUCAAUAAUGAAGGACCUUAGAGAGCUCUAUUCUGAAGUAGAAGUUAAGGUUGCAGAUCCUGUUGUUUCAUUUUGUGAAACAGUGGUGGAGUCCUCAUCAAUGAAAUGUUUUGCUGAAACACCCAACAAGAAGAAUAAAAUAACUAUGAUUGCAGAGCCAUUGGAGAGAGGACUUGCGGAGGACAUUGAGAAUGGUGUUGUAAGCAUUGAUUGGUCUCGGAAGGAUAUAGGCAAUUUCUUCCAGACUAGAUAUGAGUGGGAUGUUCUCGCUGCACGGUCCAUAUGGGCAUUUGGCCCUGAUAAGCAGGGACCUAACAUUCUGUUAGACGAUACACUUUCAACUGAAGUUGACAAAAGCUUGCUGAAUGCAGUGAAGGAUUCAAUUGUUCAAGGGUUUCAGUGGGGUGCUCGAGAAGGACCCCUUUGUGAUGAACCCAUCAGAAAUGUGAAGUUCAAAAUAGUGGAUGCAAGGAUUGCACAAGAGCCAUUGCAUCGUGGAUCUGGUCAGAUCAUUCCCACAUCUCGUCGUGUGGCCUAUUCAUCAUUCUUAAUGGCAACCCCACGGCUUAUGGAGCCAGUAUAUUAUGUGGAGAUACAAACACCAAUCGACUGUAUUUCUGCAAUCUACACUGUUCUAUCUCGCAGGCGUGGACAUGUUACGGCAGAUGUUCCUCAACCUGGGACCCCUGCUUAUAUUGUUAAGGCAUUUUUACCAGUUAUCGAAUCUUUCGGGUUUGAAACAGACUUGAGGUACCACACCCAAGGACAGGCUUUUUGCCUAUCAGUCUUUGAUCAUUGGGCUAUAGUUCCGGGGGAUCCUCUUGACAAGAGUAUCAUUCUGCGACCCCUGGAACCUGCCCCAAUUCAACACCUAGCCCGUGAGUUCAUGGUGAAAACCAGGCGCAGAAAGGGAAUGAGUGAGGAUGUGAGCAUCAACAAAUUUUUCGACGAGGCCAUGAUGGUGGAACUGGCUCAGCAAGCAGCGGAUCUUCAUCAGCAAAUGAUAUGAUGGCGGCGGCUUCAUAGUAUCCAAAGUUUAGGGAGGAGAUUGUAGGAAAAUUUAGUAUGCGAUGAAAACCAGUAGAAGUAUUGUGAUGUUGUUGAGCUUAGAAUUGAAAUUCACGUGACAAAAACGAAAUGGAAAUGGGUGGACGCUAGAGUAAAUUUUUUAUGUUGUAACUUUCGGGUGUCCUAUAACCGUGACUGUUGUAUCCAAAUAAUUUUUGGUAUCCUUGUUAUAAUUCCGUACAAAAACCAAAAAACCAGUAACAUUGCAGUGAGAUUGUUCUUCUCUGUAAUCCAAGAGGUUUUGAUCA